CCAUCACGAACAAAACAAAUGACAGACUACACCAGUAACAAUCCAAAAAACAACUUCAUGCCUUCCCAAAUGCUAACUCUCCCGCUUCCACAGCCGUCCUCGCACAAAUCCCACUUAUCAAAUCCCCCUCGGUACAGAUCCCGAGUGCGGUGCAUUUACCGUACCAAUAUAUUUCGCUUCCUCCGAGUCUUUCGGCCGUGCCAGUCACGGAUGUAUCGAAAGUUCGCUCGAUGGCCGAGGAAACGAAGACCUCCCUCCAAACCUCCACCACACGAGAAGCCAAUGCGAAAGAUAAGUGGGAAGAGUAUGUAACACGAACAGAGAAACGCAAGGUGGAGGAAGCACGUCGCGUAGCACCUGGCUACCUCGAUAGUGGAGUCAGGAUGUUGCAGCCUACUGCGUCGAUGCGGAGACGGAAUGAGGAACAGGCAGAUGAGAAAGAAGAGGGAAAGGGGGAAAGUGGAGAGGGGGACGAGUUGGAUAGGGCAUUCGGGAAGGUCGAAAUCUCGUCGUGAGGAGCAUACAUGCGCAUAAUAUGGAACGCUGGAGAUACCCCUGCUACGACCCGUACGCAUGAAACGUACCGGUUUGCGGUUCUCCAAAUGAUUGCACUGGCCCUUCCUUUUAUUGGAGACCCUACGAUAUCGCCAGAACUCAUGAGCCCUCGACUUCGAGGUCCGGCAUGAGAAGAAUGGUUUCGUGCACACGGAGGAACGCUCACGACAAGAUAUUGACCGAAGCCCCCGAGCUCUAUAUCGGAAUGGUGGUCACGGGCGGACGUAGCCGGGUUGAAUGCAAGCAAAUGGAAUGUCAUAUUCGCACGGUCAUAUACAUCAGGCUGCACUUGCGACGGAUACGUCUUUUGCAUCUUCGAAAUCUCUCAGAAGCUCCGGCCU